CAGGGAGAGAGAGAGGAACAGAGGGAGGGGCAGGGAGAGAGAGAGGAACAGAGGGAGGGGCAGGGAGAGAGAGAGGGGCAGGGUCUCCCCAGCCUCUAUACAUGGGACGUAUCUUUGUGGAAACCUACCCUGUGCGUAUAUGGUGGAACAAGUACUACGUCCCCUACUCCUUGUACUCUGGCCCCUACCCCCCCUACGCUGGGGGCGGGGGCUACCUCCUCUCCAGAGAUGCCCUCUCUCUCCUCCUCCACGCCUCCACCAGGGUGCCUCUCUUCCCCAUCGACGAUGCUUACGUCGGCAUGGUCGCACAGGCAGCUAACCUACCAGCCAGACACCAUCCUGGCUUCAUGCCUGUGGAGUACUCUCCCUCCCGCCACCCCUGUCACUACCUCAACAGAGUUUAAGAAAAUUCAACAGUAUGCAGUGGGUGUGUCCCUGGACCCUGAUACAGCGCAUCCCAACCUCAUCCUGUCUGAAGAUGGAAAACUAGUGAGACAUGGAAAAACCCAACAGAAUCUCACUGACAACCCAGAGAGGUUUAAAUAUACUACCUGUGUCCUGGGAAGAGGGCAUUUUCCUCAGAGAAAUUCUAAUAUGAGGUGCAGGUGAAAGGGAAGAUUGUGGAAUUUAGGAGUGGCCAGAGAGUCCAUCAAGAGAAAGGAGAAGAUUACACUAGGUUUGGAUACUAUGAUUCUGAGGAAUGGCGAGUAGAGGGCAGUUGUUGACAAAUAUUUCCCCCCCUCUCUCUGAGUCAGAAGCCCCAGAAGCUGGGGGUGUUUGUGGAUUAUGAGGAGGGUCUGGUCUCCUUCUAUGAUGUGGAGGCCAGGUCUCUGAUCUACUCCUUCACCGGUCAGACCUUCACAGAGAAACUCUAUCCAUACUUCAAUCCAGGACAUAAUGAUGGUGGUAAAAACUCAGCCCCAUUGGUCAUCCCACCUGUCAAUCAAACAGGAUGAGUUUUAUAGUCUGUUGGGAUAGAAACUCAUCAGUAAUAUAAUAAUAAUAAUAAUAAUAAUAAUAAUAAUAUUAAUAAUAAAUGAUAAUAUAAUAACUCGUUAGCUCUCAGUUAGUGAGUCAUAAAUAGGAUAUUAAUGCAUUUGAGUGCUUUUGAAGUCGGAACAAGUCUUCAACCAAUGAGAGUUCAGCUAGAUUUUAGCCAGAUGGCUAAGUUAGCUUGCGUUGAUAAUGUGUCAAACUACAGCCAGGUAUGGGUCAAACUGCUUCAUUAUUCGCAUUAUUAAGGUUGUGUACAUGGUUGUGUUUUACCAUCUUUUGAUCGGAAAGGUGAAAAGGUCAGCGACGGAAUGUCACAACUGGUAAACUCUGGAAUCAUCCUCCUGGUCUGGAGUCACUUGGAAUACAGACUAGAUCUAGUGGUUAUUUAUGACUCGGGAACUCUGACCUCUCAGUUUCCGAUAGUAUCCAUGCCAACACACCAAUAACGGCUGCUGAUUAAUGACACAGGCCCAAAAAGUAUUUCUCAGAUUCUAUUUUGUAGUUCCUAAUAAAUCAAAUCGAAUAUUAUUUGUCACAUUCGCUGAAUACAACAGGUGUAGUAGACCUUACCGUGAAAUACUUACUUACGAGCCCUUAACAGUGCAGUUUAAGAAAUUGAGUUAAGAAAAUAUUGGCAAAAUAAACAUUUUAGACAUUUAAUCAUUUUAUAGUCUAUUCUAAAUCUGAAGGAGAGAUUCACUGCUGUGGUCUGAUGAUGAGAGAGAUGAAAGACUUCACUCAGACAGUAUCUGUACAGGUGCACAGGUUAGCUUCACACUGUUAACAACCAAAACAACUGAAAAGUUGAGCCUCUCGUUUCAACUCUCUUAGUUGUUGUGGAAAUGGACCCACACUACUGUUUACUUUCUGCAUCUAUGUCAUAUCGUGAGUCAAGUAAAAAAAAAAAAAGACCUUGUUGAAAGGGCAACUGCACUUCCUGGUCUCGUUCUAGAUUUGGUUCAUUAAGAAAUGCUAGUGGCCAUGACUGAAUUCAAAUGAGAGUUGGUUUUGCAGUGUGGUUUCAUGUGGGCUUCUCGUGUGUUUGUUCAAGUGGGAAGAGUUAGCCAAAUGAUUUCACCAAUUAGCUUCUGCCAGCCGGUGUGCGACUGUGGCAAAAUUGGUUUGACAUUGGAUAGCCUAUAUCUGGAACUAGUUAGGGACUGUCAAUAAAUUACACAAUGUAAAUGAGACAAUAUUUUCAUGGUGCACACCUUUUAGUUCUCAUUAAAUGCUUUCAGUAUUUGUAUAUGAAUUUCUACAACUAGCGGAAUUCUAACAUAUUGACCCAUGUUCAUUGUGUUAUUUACCGAUGGUCCCUAACUAGUCCCAUAGAGAUAUCCAAAGUCAACGCAAAUUUACCACUCCGAAUUGAUGAUUACUUGUGUGCUACCAGCUGUGGGCAGGAUUUGAAACAAACCCUAACGUUCAUUUACAUUGUGUUGUGAAUAAGCCUGGUCAAUAUGACCCGAGGACUCCUCCAGCCUCCCAACAUGACUCCGGUAACACUGAAAACAAUGAAGAAGCGGAAGGAGGACAGGAAGAGGCCCCAACCACAGCUAGAGAGCAGCACAACCCAGUCAAAGGGAGGAAGUGAAGGUUGCAGGUAGAAUGUAUGCACAUAUUCCUCUGCCGGAGGUUCACCUUAUAUGGCAACUCAAGCCCUGGGUUAGAGCCGUUGGACCAGUUUGACGGCAGGUGGGCCAUGAAGCCAAUGAUUGUUUCCUUUGUAUGUGAUGACAAUGUGUUACCUAACAUUAUGUAAACAUCACAUGCAAAGGAGACAAUGUCACGUAAUGGAGAGAAUGUGUUGUGUGGCUGUAGUUAAGGAGGCUUGGGCAGAAAACAUUUCUGAAUAGCAAUGUAAAAGAUAAGAGAUUGAUGCAUUAGAAGCUUGACGAUUUUGGGGCAAGGUAAGAACAGAACUGAAUUACUAUUGUUAGACGCUACUGCAUUGUUUUUCAAAAUCAAAUCAAAUCUAUCAGUUGUGAGGCUGUGGAAUAAAAAGAGAAGUGUUACUGGUUGUCAUGAACUAGUUCAUUCAUCUGUUGAAUAAAGUGCUGAGGAGUAAA